AUGGGGAAAAAGAAGCGACAAAAAACGAAGGAACUUUCGGUAGCGAUAGCUGAGGCUUCUUCAUCCAAAGGUGAGCAACAAGAAACCCAACAACCUCAGCCUCCUCGAAAAAGAGGAAGGCCUCGUAAGGUGGUUGUGGAAACCGUAAGCAAACAGAAAAAAGUAGAACCAAUAGAGGAAUCAGCACCUUCUACAGCAACGCAAGGCACAGAGAGCUUAACGAAGAAACAAGGACAAGAAGGUUCAUCACCAGCAUCAGCAUGCACAAGAGUUACAAAGGAAGAACAAGUGUUCCAAAAGAUUCAAGUCCCCAAAGGGGAACCCUCGAGAAGCAGGGCUAGGCGAAAAAGCAAGCCCAGAAAAAGCACUUAA